ACAUUGCUUUCGAAAUGGACAUUCCUUCCUCUCUCACCUCCAAACUCUCAGUCAUGUCUUCCAACAGCAAUCAGAUGAACCCUCUUCAGCACCCGCUGGAAGCAAUUGCUUCUGGCAUUCAGGGAGCUACCUCCGGCGAGGCUCGUGCCCCAAGACUCGCUCACAACAUGUCCACCAACGAAGGUCCCGCCGACAUCAUUGCCAAAGUAUCCGGACACACUCAGGGUGGAAAGCGUGAAGAUGAUGGACGGCACCCUUUGCCCGAUCCUGCCCACAGCAAGAAUAUUGGCGGUAUCCCUCUUGUCAGCGAUAUCCACCUUUUGCAGAAACAGCAACACUUCAACCGAUCCAAGAACCUCGAGNAUGGUGCCUUUGGUCACUUCGAGGUGACCAAGGAUGUUUCAGACUUGACCAAAGCCGACUUCUUGUCCACCGUUGGCGAGAAGACCCCUGUCUUUGUUCGUUUCUCCACCGUCACUCUCGGUCGUGAGUUCCCUGACGAGGCCCGCAAUCCCCGUGGUUUCGCCAUCAAGUUCUACACCAAGGAGGGCAACUACGACAUUGUUGGCCUGAACUUCCCCGUCUUCUUCUGCCGCGAUCCUAUCCAAGGCCCCGAUGUCAUCCGCUCGCAAGCCCGCAACCCUCGCAACUUCCUACUCGACUACGAUGCUACAUUCGAUUUGCUCGGCAACACCCCUGAGUCCAUUCACGCUGGUGUCAUGUUCUUCAGUGACCAGUACGGCUGGACCAACAACCACGGCUACGGAUGCCACACCUUCAAGUGGGUUAACAAGCAAGGCAAAUUCGUCUACAUCAAGUACCACUUCCUCGCCAAGCACGGGCAGAAGCAAUUCACCCAGCCCGAAGCCAUCCGCAUCUCGGGUGAGAACCCUGACUACUCCAAGCAAGAGCUGUGGGAGGCCAUGGAGCGUGGUGAAGAGAAGGAAUGGACCGCUCAUGUUCAGAUCAUGCAGCCCGAGGAUGCCGACCCUUCAAAGCUGGGCUUCGACCCCUUCGAUGUCACCAAGGUCUGGCCUCGUGACAAGUUCCCCAUGCAAGAGUACGGCCGUUUGGUUCUCAACAAGAACCCUGAGAACUACCACCGCGAUGUCGAGCAGGCUGCCUUCUCGCCCGGCUCCAUGGUGCCCGGUAUUGAAGACUCGCCCGAUCCGUUGUUGCAAUUCCGCAUGUUCUUCUACCGUGAUGCUCAGUAUCACCGCAUCGGCAUCAACUUGCACCAAGUUCCCACUAACUGUCCAUUCAUGGCACGCUCGGUGUCGUCCAUCAACUUUGAUGGUGCCAUGCGUGUAGACGCCAACCAUGCUGGCAACAAGCAGUAUAACCCCAACAGCUUCGCCCACAAGUUCCGUCCCGACGUAGCCGAGACAGCAUACACAGUCUCGGACAACGUUGUGAGCCGCAAGAGCCACUACUACCAUGAGUGCAAGGUCAGCGAGUACGAUCAGGUCCGCGAGCUGUACACGCGCGUCAUGGAUGAUGGUGCUCGUGCCAACCUCCACUCGAACACGGCGAAGAUGAUGAGUCACGUCAAUUACCCCGUCAUCCAGAAGAAGUUCCUCGCUCAGAUUUACAACGUCGCUCCUGAGUACGCUCGCGCUGUGUACGACAUGACUUCCUACAAGAACGAGAAGUUCGACUUCUCCGAGGUCGAGAAGCUCAGCAAGGAUGCUCACAUGUGGUACAAGGAGCCCACUCUCAGACCCGAUGAGGACAACAGACUUGUCGGAUUCGCUCCUGCCAACCCCUUCUACCAU